CAGAGGGAGAAGGAGCAGUUCAGGAAGCUGUUCAUUGGAGGACUCAGCUUUGAAACCACAGAAGAGAGUCUGAGGAAAUAUUACGAACAAUGGGGGAAGCUGACAGACUGCGUGGUUAUGAGGGACCCUCAAAGCAAAAGAUCCAGGGGCUUUGGAUUUGUAACCUUUUCUUGCAUGAGUGAAGUCGAUGCAGCAAUGUCAGCUCGUCCACAUUCUAUUGAUGGCAGAGUUGUGGAGCCAAAGCGUGCUGUAGCCAGAGAGGAAUCUGCUAAGCCUGGUGCCCAUGUUACAGUUAAGAAACUCUUUGUUGGUGGUAUCAAGGAAGAUACGGAAGAGCAUCACCUUAGGGAAUACUUCCAGGAAUAUGGAAAAAUUGAAAGCAUAGAAAUUAUCACAGACAAACAAUCUGGCAAAAAGAGGGGCUUUGGUUUUGUAACAUUUGAUGACCAUGAUCCAGUUGACAAAAUUGUUUUGCAAAAAUAUCACACUAUAAAUGGACACAAUGCUGAAGUCAGAAAAGCUUUAUCAAGACAAGAAAUGCAUGAAGUACAGAGCACCAGGAGUAGCAGAGGAGGUGAGUUUUGGAUUCCCAGUUGCUCUUGCAAUUUUGGCUUUGGUGAUUCACGUGGUGGUGGAAACUUUGGACCAGGACCUGGAAGCAACUUCAGAGAUGGCUAUGGUGGAGGACGAGGUUAUGGGGAUGGAUACAAUGGAUAUGGUGGAGGCCAGGAGGCCAAGGAGGCAAGUGGUGGAAACUUUGGUGGUGGACCUGGUGGCUAUGGCGGUGGACGCGGUGGUUAUGGUGGUGGUCCUGGUUAUGGCAAUCAAGGUGGAGGCUAUGGUGGUGGAUAUGAUAACUAUGGAGGAGAUCAAUGUUUUGCCACAGGUAACUAUGGAGGUGGAGGAGGCGGCGGAAACUACAAUGAAUUUGGAAACUACAAUCAGCAGUCUUCUAAUUAUGGCCCAAUGAAGAGUGGUGGGAACUUUGGAGGUGGCGGCGGCGGUGGAGGCAGCAGAAGUAUGGGAGGACCAUAUGGUGGAGGCAGUGGAGGCAGCGGAGGCAGUGGUGGUGGUGGUGGUGGAGGAUAUGGAGGAAGAAAUCGUUAUUAA